CACACACACACACACACACACACACACACACACACACACACACACACACAGAGAGAAAGAGAGAAUGAGGAUGCCCCACAUCUUUGUUGCUAUAACUACCCAGUGUUACGACAGGCAGAGAUGAAGCCGUCUGCAGGCGACACACCGCGGAUCCACUACUCCUCCUGCCCGCGUAGUUUUUCCCCAACAUUAAACUACAAUUGAUGAGAAGAUGAUGAGCAUUCUGAGGUCGGGAGAAUCUGGAAAAAAAAAAACUAUAAACGGAGUCUAAAAAACGUUGUAUGGAUCUAAAGUUACACAAGGAACUAUUUUAACGAUCCUCCUGGCGCGCCUGUGUGUGACCAGGCCCUGGAGUGUGUCGGGGGGCUAUGGUGAGGCGAUGUGCACAGGCUGGGGUGAGGAGACAUGUACCAGCAUCAGUGGAGGAAGACGAGGUAGAGGAGUGGUUCUUCAUCCGUGGCUGUGCGUCUCUCUCCUGUUCUCGGCUCUCUGGGGCCAAGCGUCCCCCCAGUGUCCGGCCAGCUGCCAGUGCGCCUGGGACACGGCCACGGUGCAGUGCUCAGACGCCGGGCUGCGGGACAUCCCAGAGGGCAUCCCACCGGAAACUGUCUCCCUCCACCUGGAACGCAACUACAUCCGGAGCAUCCCAGAGACCGCCUUCAGGGACCUGCUCCACCUGCGGGACCUGCACCUGUCCCACAACCGAAUCGACUCGCUGGCCUCAGGGGCCCUGCGGCACCUGGGCCCCGAGCUGCGCCUGCUGGACCUCUCUCACAACCAGCUGAGGCAGGCCAGCAGGGAGGAGUUUGGCUCCACCCGGGCAAAAACGCGCCUCUUCCACAACCCCUGGCACUGUGACUGCACCCUCCAGGAGCUGAUGGAGACCCUGAACCUGGAGGCCGAGACGGUCAACGGCAUCAUGUGUGAGAGCUCUGUGCGGGGGAUGGGUGAGGGAAGCAGGUGGGAGGACCCGGGGUCCCAGGGCGAGCAUGCAGGUCAAUCCCUGGUCAAACUGUUGGAUUCUGGGGUGAAUUUCUGCAGUCUGCAGAGGAAAACCACUGAUGUAGCCAUGCUGGUGACAAUGUUCGUUUGGUUCUUCAUGGUCAUCGUGUAUGUAGUGUACUAUGUGAGGCAGAACCAAGCUGAAGCCCGUAGGCAUUUAGAGUACCUGAAGAGUUUGCCCAGUCCACGCAAGACCCCCACAGUGGUUUGGGAGAAGGAUGAAGGAGAUGAGAAAAGCUUGGUGGGGUACGAGGACACUGGUAUAAGGUGA